AUAUACGAUAAAAGGAACUACUAUAGCAAUCCGUUCAAUCAUCUGCCGUGAUAGUUGCUUUUUCUUCUUUCUUCUUUCUUCUUUCUUCUUUCUCUUUCCUCAAUCAAAGCUCGAAUAGACAAAACUCAAGAGUUUUACACAAUCAUCUCUGCAAUUAGUGGUCGAUGCAACGGGCAAGUAGGGUUAGAAUGCCGUUCGUGCGUGCGUGCACGUGCAUUCAGCUGUCGAACGACACAAUGUGCUCUCAUCGCUAAACAUCAUACGGUAAAAUUGCCAAAAUGUGGUUCCUAGAAAUUAUCGAGUACUUAAAGAGCCCGUAUCUCGUUGCCACUGUACAAGAGUUUUUCGGGAUACAAAUAAAUUAUAAAACUAAGCGUUCCAACAGUUUUAGGUUAUCCGAUAAUAAGGAGCAAAAUGGAUAUAUUAAAGCUGAUAUGUCAUUCUGCAAAGAAUGUUCCUUGAAUGAACUUGAAUGUUCCUCUAAUAGAUGCUUAAUGAAAUUAAAAUCUCAAGAAUUUAUCAUUAAGAAUCGUUUUUGGUAUUACUUGUUUUUAUUUGGUACAGAAUUAGGGGAUGAAAUUUUUUAUUCCGCAUUCAUACCCUUUUGGUUUUGGAAUAUUGAUGGCGCAGUUGGCCGGAGAGUUGUCUUAGUAUGGGCCAUCGUUAUGAGCAUUGGACAAGCAUUGAAAGAUGUUAUUCGUUGGCCAAGACCAGCUUGUCCGCCAGCCGUCAGAUUGCAAAAUAAAUGGUCAGAAGAAUAUGGGAUGCCGUCGACUCACGCCAUGAUCGGAAUUUCAAUUCCUUUUAGCGUACUGAUAUUUACCAUGAAUAGAUACAUCUAUUCGUUUCCAAUUGGUUCUACAAUAGCUUUCUUCUGGUGUAUGCUCGUCUGCACAAGUCGACUUUAUUUGGGAAUGCAUACGGUAUUGGACAUUGUGGCAGGAAUAGUAUUAGCUAUUAUGCUAAUGAUUCCAUUGAUACCUAUAGUAGACGCUUUAGAUUAUUAUAUUGUUACUAAUUUAUGGGUAUUAACGCUUUUAAUAUUAAUUAGCGUCACCGCUGUGGUAUAUUAUCCCUGUAGCAACAAAUGGACACCAACUCGCGGUGAUACGACUAUGGUUGUUUCUGUAACUGCUGGAGUUCAUGCGGGGGCGUGGUUAAAUUACAAGACAGGCGCCCUUUCACUUUCGCUACUUCCACCACCGUACGAUAUUAUUUGGCCGUCUUAUCGUAUGUCAGGAUGUAUGAUUCUUAGGACAAUACUCGGUUUCUGUAGUGUCAUUGGAACUAAGGCUAUUUGUAAAUCCCUUUGUUAUACCGUAAUAUGUGCCGUGCUUAAAGUCAAUCCCAACGAGCUAAUGGAGAGUGAGAACUAUUUGGAAAAUAAGAAAAAAAUUUUCACCGAUCUAGUCUAUAAAUAUCUAACUUGUUUCAUGAUAGGUGUAAAUACGGUAUAUCUUUUGCCGAACGUCUUUACUAUAAUCGGCAUAGAACGGCCGACGUUUUAUACGGAACUGUAAGAUAAUAUUCCAUCUAAGUGUACAAUAUUAUACGUAUAUAUUUUUAUGCAUUUCCUACGUUAUUUCUCGUACGUAAGCUCGAUUAUUGAAGUCUCCUCGAUACGCGAUUAUAGUCGAUUGAUUAGUCUUCUUUGAAUUACAAUUUAAAUAUAAUUUGAUUGAUAUAUGAUUGUAAAUAACGUAUAAUUUAAUAUGUUAGAUUUAAAUCUCUAAUAUAUUUUGAAGUAAUUUUAAGCCUCAUGGAUGAGCAUUUAUUGUACAAAUAAAACGUACGCGCACGUAACAAUCACUAUGUAACGUACGUACGUACGUAAUCAAUAUGUACUAACUCUGUUGAGAAUGAAAAUAACAGAUUGGUGUGCA